UAGGACGCUUUUGGUACCUUGACUCACGCCGUCUGCGCGAGGCCAUUUGUGCUCGGUGCCCUGUGCACACGCCUUCCGAGCGACGGCGCCAUGGGUCUGACUUCCAAUUCCAGCGUGCGAGUUGAAUGGAUUGCAGUAGUCACCAUCGCAGCUGGGACAGCUGCAAUUGGAUACCUAGCUUAUAAAAGAUUCUGUGUUAAAGAUCAUCGUAGUAAAUCUAUGGUGAACCUUCACAUCCAGAAAGACAACCCCAAAGUAGUACAUGCCUUUGACAUGGAGGAUUUGGGAGAUAAAGCUGUGUACUGCCGUUGUUGGAGGUCCAAAAAGUUCCCACUCUGUGAUGGAUCUCACACAAAACACAACGAAGAGACUGGAGACAACGUGGGACCUCUGAUCAUCAAGAAAAGAGAAACUUAAAUGGACACUUCUGAUGAUACAUAUCAACUCUCUGUGGCUGUGAUGUUACCUGAUUAUUUAAUUAGAAUGGCUACCACUUCUGUCUAAUUCACCUCCCCCGAAUUCUAGAUGUGGUAUAUUGCAAACUUCAGCUUUUGUGUUUAUGGUAUUUGCCUUACUUGUUGAAACAUUGUGGUGCACAUUUGUUUAAGCAGAAAAAAAGAAAAAGCAAAAGGAACAACCAACUUCAUGGCUUGUGGAUUAUUUUAGUCUUUUAAGAAUCCAUUGCUUUACUUUUAAAAUGAUGGUAUUAGAAUAUAGUUGUAUGUUGAAGUUAGCAUAUUAAAUUCUCAAAAUCAUGUAUAUGCAGAUCAUACUUAUAAAUUUCAAAGAAAAAUUAUUCCCUUAAGUUAAUCACUUAAAUUAAUCUAGAUGAUAAAGAGGUAUGAUUAAGCUACAUUAAUAUCUUGAUACAAUCUAGGAAAAUCCUGUUAUGACCUUGAUUUUCUUCUUGGCGCAGUGGUAAUGACACUAAAAAAAAUGUGGUUUCCAUGUUUUCACAGUUUUCAGUCAAAAUGAACUGUGAAUGUAUUCUAUGUAAUUAUAAAUCAUCCAGGUCAGUAAUAAAGGGACAACAACUUCCUUUGUGUUCAUCUUCAUGGAUAUUCACUAUUGAUCCAUUAAAGAACCAAUAGUAGGAAUUUAGAUCACAGUGAUCAUAGAUUCAAAGUGAUCAUGAAGAGUGUCUUUAAAUGUAAUAUUCCAAAAUGCUGGCCCGAGGAGCAACCAGCACUCCAAACUGAGGACAUGGAAAGAGAGCACCCAUGUUCAGUCCCUUGAUUGCAAAGCCACACCUCCGUGACAGAAAUGGUAGGCACAAGAUUUGAUCAGAGGCAUGAGAAAAUGUUUUAUUUCCCACUCUGGAUAAUCAACCAUGUGACUUGUAAAGAAGCUACUUUGGAAAUUUUUAAAUAUUGCAUGUUGUUUUAAGAGAUAUAGUCCUUUUUCUUAAAAGUUAAAAUGUAAAAAGUAUUUAUAUAAUAUUCUUCAAACAUUCUGCAGAAGCUAUACAUUCAUUACUGAUUCCAAAAAAGGAAAGUAAUACUAAAAAUAAUUAGAUGUAAUAAAAGCAUUAAAACAGGAAACAUUAAUAUUUUAGUUAGGCUUUAAAUUUUCUAGAGGAGAAGGGAAAAUGACAAAAUAGACAAUUUGGGCAAACAAUUUGAAAUUGAUAGAGCAGGUAAAAAUUUCUUUUAGUACACUUAAAUUCUCACUAGUAAUCACAAGAUUCCAUCUGCUAAAAUCCAGUUACAGUGGGUGGCACAA